CGAGGACGACGAGACUCAAUAAAAGGGGAUGUUUUAGAGUCAGAAGUUUCAUCCAUCUUCGCCAUAAAUGCAGGACAAACAGAUAUUGAGUUAGUCAUUCAUUGCAGAGUCGUGGUCCUGGAACGUUGGCUCUUUUCAAGGAACGUUAUCUCUUAAUAUUUUGUUCCUAAAAAUAAAAACAAAAAAUUAAAAAGUUUUUUCCUGUUUUCGUGUUUUUAUUUUAAAUUUUUGUUUAAAUUAUUUUCUUUGUUAAUAAAAAAUAAAAGUGUCAACAAUUGUUUGUUAAAGUGAAUAAUGCUACAAUAAUGGCAACACUAUCUCAGCAUUCACACCAAAUUCAACACCAUCAACACCACAGCAUCACUAGUGGCCUGGGACUACUAACAACUGUCGCCCAAUUACCACCAAAAUACAGAAGUCGAUAUCUCAAUCUCAAGACCAAAUUCGAGAUUCCUUUGGACUUGUCGGUGAAGCCAUUUUCCCCAAAUGACCAAAUAACUACAUCGAGCAGCAGCACUAUUUCCAACAACAACGACAAAAAUUGCCAACAAGAAAAUGAACAACCACCCAUCACGCCCCCACCAUCACCGCAACGGAAACGAAAGUUCUCUCAAGCAUCCGAUGAAUCAUCGAUGUCGUCCUCGUUGUCAGUCCAGUCAACUCAGUCAGCAGGUGGUAAUUUAGCUGUUGAUUCAAUUUACCCCCAAACCUCUCAAUCCUCAACAAGCUACAAUAACCCUGGCAAAAUGAUGAAGACCGAAGUUCAUUUGACCAUCAAACGUGAUGUCACCCCUUCAAAACCGAUUAAAUGUGAGUCCGCACCAAAGACCGCAAAAGCCCACCCCCCGGCAGCCAAGCCCAGUCGCAAUAAGGCAACAAGGAAGCUUAAGUUCGAUGAGGAUACUAGCUCUCCGGUUUCCGGAACAGUAAUUCGACCUUUGGAAGAAAUAAACGAGGGGAAUCUACAUUACAGCAAUGGUGACAUCGACCCCAAGUACAACAUUGUCGAAAUCACCGAAGAAACCAAAGCCGAGCUGGCGGCCAUUAAGAAUGUCAUCGGCGACUAUGUGUGCAGGCUUUGUCGAAUCAAAUUCGAUGAUGCCUUUGGGCUAGCUCAGCACCGCUGUUCUUGCAUAGUUCUGCUGGAAUACCGGUGUCCCGAGUGUGGAAAACAGUUCAACUGUCCAGCCAACCUGGCCUCCCAUCGAAGAUGGCACAAGCCCAAGAAGACCAUCAGUGACACCAAAAAAGAAAACCAAAUUCAACCGGAAUCUCAAGAAACAGCAUCCCAAUUCAACUGUGACGAAUGUGGAAAGAGUUUCAAGAGAGCAGCCUACCUCAGGAAGCACAAAUUGACACACAAGAAACAAGCAUCCAUAAGCAAGCCCAUCAGAGUGAAGGAGGAAUCUUUGAGCGAGAGUGUCAUCUCAGGAAGAGAUGCCCAGAGUGUUCACUCAAACGAAGAUGAAGGCAUCUACACCAACGAUUACGAUGAUAUGAAUUCCAUGGAUUCCGAUUCCAGUUCGAGCUCGGGCAGAUUACAAAUAGUCGAACACAAUCUGACCGAGGAGGAGAAUAUCGCCGCCACAGCCCUUACGAAUUUGAGAAAUUGUACCUCAGUCAUACAGCACACGACAGUAGUGGUGGGUAUGGCUCAUUAGAAAUACCAUAAUAAGAAUCGGUGAUGUGGAGGGAUUAAGAAAAGCAAAAAAGUAAAAGUGAUGUGUGCUGGCAAUCAAUCAAGUGCAAGAAUAAAAUUAAUCCAAGGGUAAGUUUUGUGUAUAGAAAGUUUAGUGUAGGUAUUGCCAUUGGGAAAUUUCAUUUAUUUUAAUGUUUUACUUAUUUUUGCUCAAGUUUCUGUUUUGAAUUCUGUUAAUUUUGCCUAAUCAGUUUUUUAAAAUACAAGUUUUGUUUAUUUCAAUUCAUUUGAUUUGAUUCGAUUUGAUUAAGUUUUCUGUUUUUUUUUUUAAACUCACUAAAGAGGCAGUCUUUAAUAUUAAUUUAAAUAUUGGUUAUAAAUGUUUAAAAGUGUUUAAUUGUUAAACAAAAAAGACGAUAUCUCAUUUUUAUAUUCAUGUUCAUGUAACUUAAAUAAUGCAAGUGAAAAACAUCCUUAAAAGUAGACUCAUAAAAAAUAAGGAAAAUAAUUAAACUAAUUUUAUAUUAAUUAGUGCAGUUAGUUCUGAACUUAUUGAGAAAAUACAUACAAAUGUUUACAGUUUUGUUUUAUUCCAACAGUUUUUUCCCAUAGGCAUUUUAUUUUUAUUUUUAAAUUAAGUUUAUAUUUAUUUAAGAUUAAGUUUGUACAUUAUUUGGA